AUGGAUUUUUUUGAGACCUUCUCCCCUGUUGUGAAGCUCACCACUGUCAGGUUUCUAAUUUCCAUUGCUGUCUCUCGCCAUUGGUCUUUAUAUCAACUUGACGUUGAUAACGCCUUUUUACAUGGUGAUUUAAAUGAAGAUGUUUACAUGAAACCUCCCCCGGGAUUGCUUCUUCCUGAACCUCAUCUAGUUUGUAAAUUGCACAAGUCUCUUUACGGUCUUAGACAAGCUUCUCGACAGUGGAAUUCCAAGCUUACAUCUGCAUUAAUUUCCUAUAGGUUCUCACAGAGUUCUGCUGAUCAUUCUCUGUUUACCUAUCAUUCCUCUAACUCUUUUAUUGCCUUAUUGGUUUAUGUUGAUGAUAUAGUGCUCACUGGAGAUAACAUGCAGGCCAUUANUGAUGUCAAACAAUUUUUACAUCAUAAAUUCAACAUCAAAGAUUUGGGUUCUCUCAAAUUCUUUCUUGGUUUUGAGGUUGCUCGAUCACAACAAGGCCNUGUCCUAAAUCAAAGAAAAUAUUGCUUGGAAAUCUUGUCAGAAUUUGGUCUAACUGGUUGCAAACCUGCCACUUCUCCUUCGAAUCCCACUGUUAAGCUUAAGGAUGAUGAAGGUGCUCUUGUUUUAGAUCCCACUGCUUACAGAAGAUUGAUUGGUAAGUUGCAAUACUUAACUAAUACUCGUCCAGACAUCUCCUUUGCUGUUCAACAACUUAGCCAAUUCAUGUCCAAGCCACGACAAUCUCAUCUCCAUGCUGCUUUCAGAAUCUUGAGAUACCUCAAAAGUUGUCCAGGUCUUGGUUUAUUUUAUCCUUCCUCCAACCCUCACCGAAUUCAAGCUUUUUCGGAUUCCGAUUGGGCUACUUGUUCCCUCACUCGCAAGUCCAUCACGGGAUAUUGUGUCUUUUAUGGCCACUGUCUUAUUUCUUGGAAAUCUAAGAAACAAUCCACUGUUUCUAGAAGCUCUACUGAAGCUGAAUAUAGAGCUUUGGCUUCUGUUGCUUGUGAACUACAGUGGUUAAAAUAUAUUGUUGAUGACUUGCGCCUUAAUAUUCCUCUUCCUUUUCCCACCUUUUGUGAUAAUCAGUCUGCAAUUCAGCUGGCCAAGAAUCCAUCCUUUCAUGAACGAACCAAACAUAUCGAAGUGGAUUGUCAUCUCAUUGUCAUUUCACAUGUUCCUUCCAAGCAUCAAUUGGCAGAUAUGUUAACUAAGUCUCUUUAUCCUGGACUUUUUCAUGCUAAUUUGUCCAAAAUGGGUUUGCUGAACAUUCACCACCCAUCUUGA